AUCAGUAGCAUAUACCACUCCAACAACAAGAGGAGAUGUAAAAGUUCUACCACUUCAUAGUUCAUUGGAAAGAAUCCCUAAUGCUAUACUAAUUGAGAAGCAGCGAGAGGGGAAACAAUACCAAGUCAUUGGAAUUGGACAUGAAGCACAGAGCACUGUAUACAGUGAUAUAAAGAAAGACGCUAACAACUUUAUAUAUUUUGAAAGAAUAAAGAAUUCACUAGAGAGAGAAAAAUCAUUAGAUCGCACUACUCAAAUCUCUUCAUUCACUGGUGGUUCUUAUUAUCUUAUUGAAGUUAUAGCUUUUAUACUAACACACCUCAAGGAGAAGCUACAGGCUCACUUCAGAGGAUUUUAUAAGUCAACUAAUUUUGAUUGGGUUAUUACUGUUCCUUCUAUAUGGAAAGCAAGAGCAAGAAGAAUGAUGAGAGAAGCUGCUUAUAUGGCUGGUCUCACUUCUGAUGCUCCUGGUAUAACAAGGUUCACUCCAGUUGGUUCCCCUUUACCACGUCCAGAGGAGGUUAAUCCUCAGAAGCUAUCAUUAGCUCUAGAACCAGAAGUAGCUGCUAUAGCUGCACAGCAUCAGUCAGAAGUUAAAGGCCUUCCUCCACAGAGAUAUAUGGUAGUUGAUAUAGGAGGAGGUACAGUUGAUAUUACUGUACAUGAUAAGAGUAAUGGGAGAAUUAGUGUAGUACUACCACCAAUGGGGAACACCUGGGGAGGAACAACCAUCAAUGAAGCAUUGUCAGAAAAAUUACAAGAAGCAGUAAAUGAUAAAGAUUUCAAGGUUUUAUUAGAAUCUGAUCCCAUUAGUGCCAAAGCUACACUAAAUAGAAUAUUUUACGAAAAGUUUGAAGAGCAGAAAAAAAUAUUUGGAAAUGUGACACAAGGUCUCAGAAGAGUAGCAUUGUCCUUGCCAAGGGCUUUUACCAGGCACUAUGGUAAUAAUAUCCCUCAAAAACCAAAGAAGAUGAACAUGCAUUAUAAUCCAGAAAAUGAGUCAUUAACCAUAGGAUACGACCUAUUGGAGGAGGUAUUCCAAUCCACAAUAAAUAAAAUCCUUGUGUGUGUGAGAGCAGCAUUUGAUGAGAUUAAGCCUAUUGGAGUCGAUACGGUUUAUCUAGUAGGAGGGUUUGGAGGGUGUAAGUUUGUUAGCCAAAAGAUACAAGGAAGUAUCGCUCAGCAUCGCAACAUGCUUUAUGAUAAUAUAGUGUGUCCUGUACAACCAGAUCUUGCUGUUGUAUCAGGAGCAGUAAUGUGGAGGAAAGAUCCUAACAUAAUCCAAUCACGUGUUGCUGAUGCUACCUAUGGGGUAGCUGUUGCUCCAGUAUUCAACCCAUCAAAACAUGAUAAACAUUACAAGUUUGUAGAUGAAGAUGGUGUAGUGCGUUGUGACUGUGCUUUUGAGGUAUUUGUACUCAAAGGAGAAGAGAUAAAGGAUGAAGUGCAUAAAGCUACUUUUAUACCUCUUCAAAGAAAAAAAACACAAGCUCAUAUCCCUAUAUAUUGUACAAUAGAUGAUGGAGUUCAGUAUGUCAUUGAUAAAGAAGGUAAGCCAACAGUACGUGAGAUUGGUAAACUGGUACUUGACAUUCCUAAUCCUGAUAAUGUACCAAAUAAAGAGAGAAAAUAUGACGUAUCUAUGGACUUCAGUGGUACAGAGAUACAAGCAAGAGCUCAGUAUAGUAUCACUGGAGAAGAAGUGAAAACAGUUUGUGACUUUCUAUCAAAACAAGACUAGUAACAAUAACUUCAAGCAAAAAUCUACAUGUAAUGUAACUUAGAAUAGCAUUAGUACUAGUAAUAGACAUUUGUAGUAUUAUAAAGAGAGUAGCUUUUGUGUGUAUUUAAUUUUGAAUCUUAUAUUAGUAUUAGUAAUAGUAUUAACAUUAAUGAAGUGACUCUAUGUGCAUUUGAUUUUGCUAUUUCAAAAUAAUAAAAUCUAUUU